AUGUUGGUUCUGAACGGGCCGAGAGAUGCCGGAGGACCACGAUUGAAUUCCGUCGCACAAAAGAGCGCCCAACGAAAGAGCAACUCAAACUCUUCCUUUACCAUGCCACGACAAUUCACUCUCGCCUCAAGAGCCUCCCAGCUCGCUCAAAUCCAGACGAACAUGGUUCUCAAAUCGUUGCAAGAAACGUUUCCCCCAUCCAAUGAAUCCUCCCCGACCUUCACUACAUCCUUUAUGGCGACGGCUGGCGAUAAGAACCAGUCCCAAGCGCUGUAUCUCCUAGGAGGAAAGGCCCUCUGGACGAAAGAACUCGAAGUCGCGUUGAAGGAACGUCAUGUCGACAUGCUGGUCCACAGCUUGAAGGACGUUCCGACCACCCUUCCAGAGGGUUGCAUCAUUGGCGCAAUCUUGGAACGCGAGAAUCCGGUGGACAGUCUAGUCAUAAAGAAGGGCAAGAGCUGGAAGACCCUCGGCGAUCUCCCAUCCGGAAGUGUUAUUGGGACGAGCAGCGUUCGUAGAGUUGCGCAGCUGAAGCGUACAUAUCCCAAUCUGGUUUUCCAGGACGUGCGUGGAAACUUGAAUACGCGUCUCGCUAAAUUAGACGCCGAAGAUGGUCCAUUCGCUGCGUUAAUCCUCGCAAAAGCUGGCCUUGUAAGGUUGGGACUGGGGGAUCGCGCGACGUCGGACAUCGUGGCCCCGACUCUAUACUACGCCGUUUCCCAAGGGGCGCUGGCCGUGGAGAUUCGGAGCGACGACGUUGAAGCGAUCGAGUUGUGUAAGGCCCUCACGCAUCGGGAAACUGCAUGGAAAUGCUCAGCGGAACGGGCAUGUCUUCGGGUGUUGGAAGGAGGUUGCAGUGUUCCCGUCGGAGUCACCAGUAAUUUGAUGAACAAAGACGGAGCAGAGGUCCUCGUGAUAACGUGCAGCGUCACCAGCGUGAAUGGACGAGCCCACGUUGAGCACACCCUGAAGGAAAAGGUGACAUCUCUUGAAGAUGCUGAGAAGGUCGGGGAGAAACUGGCCAACAUAGUGUUGGAAAACGGGGCGAAGAGAAUUCUAGAUGAAAUCAACGUGGACAGAAAUCGACGAGUCGCUGAAGCGAAGGCGGCAGAUGAGACACAGCAGAUUGAAAGUAGUGCGCAGUAA